CCGGGCAUAUCUAUGACAGAGCAAGUAUCGUCACCACCGGUGGGUCGUUCCAGGCGAACUCGUAAACCCGUUAUUAGAUACUAAGUUAGUAAUAUUAAGUAGGAAAAUACAUAAUUAGGAUGUUCGUGUUAGUUAGAAGAAUAUUAGAUGUUGUUAGUAUAUAAGAUAUUAAGAUUAAGAUGUUGUUAGUAUAUAAGGUAUUAAGAUAAGAUGUGUUUUAUAUAAGUGUAGCAUAAAACUAAGUGGUGAGGUGUGAUGUAUGUGGGUAAACACCUAUUAUUUGCCUUGCGCAGUAUUACGAGCAUGUGGGUAGCUGGUAAUACUGGAUUGUAUAUAAAGGAGUGUCAGUCCUAAUAUAGCUGUAAACGGCGACUAGCAGUUUUAUUUCAACCACUAUUAGAUACCCUGAGUUCCCAACGAUUCCCCAAAUAUCUCAGUGGCGACGAGGAUACACGAAUUAUUUAUACGCGAGCCCUAUUAUCGAGAGAAAAAAACAAGAAAACAGUGAAUAUGUCGAUUGGUAAAAUCAGUGAGUUCAAAGUUCAAUCUGACGACUGGAGUUUAUACGUCGAACGUCUAGAAAAUUACUUUCUUGUGAACAAUGUAAAUAGUGAAUUACGGGUAGCGACAUUGAUUACAGUAAUGGGAGCCGAAAGUUAUGAACUAUUAGUGAAUUUGUGUACACCACACAAACCGAGCACAAAGACAUUUGAACAAAUAACGGCCAUCAUGGAGAAACAUUUGAAGCCAAAGCCCAGUAUUCUUGCGGAACGUUUUAAAUUCCGUCAACGGAAACAAAAGGAGGGAGAAAACAUCGCGGAUUAUUUAGCAGCCUUGAAGAAGCUGUCCAAAACGUGUGAGUUGGGGUUAUGGCUGGAAGAAAGUAUAAGGGAUCAGUUCGUUUGUGGAAUCAGUAGCGAAGUGAUACGCCAGCGUUUAUUCGCUGAGGAUAAGCUAGAUUAUGCAAAAGCAUAUAGUAUGGCCGUAAGCAUGGAAGCAGCUGAGAAAAAUGCUGCGGCCGUUGUAGGCUCAACGGCGACGGACUCAGCGGUGGAGUGCUUGGCCGUGACGUCCGCGAGGCUAAGAAGAUUUAUUAGCACGUUUACAUGGAGGUAA